CCUCCUUCCCCGGCGGCGGCGGCGGCAGCGGCGUGUUUAUGGCAGACGCAGCGGUAAGGGCGAAGAGGGUGGACCAGAUGUACCGGGAGAUAGCGCGCAAGCGCUUGGAGGCCGGCGAUCCCAAUGCUAUACGAGCGGCGGCGGCGGCAGCGGCGGCGGCGGAGGAGGGCAGCGGCGGCUGCGGCGGCUGCGGCGGCGGCAGUGGCAGCGGCUUGUUUAUGGCAAACCUUGUCGCAUCCAUGCGGAUCCUGGUGAGGAAGGAACUCCUGGAGGCUGAGGCCGAGGGAACGGCAAGGGCAGAGAGGGUAGGGCAGAUGUACCGGGAGAUAGCGCGCAAGCGCUUGGAGGCCGGCGAUCCCGAUGCUAUACGAGCGGCGGCGGCGGCGGCGGAGGAGGAGGAGGAGGAGGAAGAGUUGGAGGAGGAUGAGGAGGAACUCGAGGAGGAGGCAGCGGUGUGGGAGAUGACAAGGCUGCUGAAGCUUGAGAAGGAUGAGGCUCGGUAUCGGGAAGCCAAGGAUCGCAUCCUCGACUACGAUUCCAAGCAGGGAGGCGUCUACUACACCCGGAUCUAUCAUGUCCAUGACCUCGCCUCUUUCGACCACGAUGAGGAGUCGCCUAUUCCGCCGAUGAGAUUUACUGACGUGGUCUACAAAAAUAAGAAUGAUUAUGAGCUAUGUGAGGCAGUAAACAUCUUAUCUGUGAAGAUAGGCUCCUUGGAUAUUGAAUUCCCAGUCCAUGUCUAUGGCACUGUCAUUGCGAGAGACAGCCUUGACAAAAAGUGUGUUUAUCUCUUCCGGCGUGAUAGAGAGGAGGCCCAAACCAUCAACUCUAAGGAUGAAUCGCUGAUCUUGACAGGUCCAAAACGAGGACUUGCACUGAUAAGUAAUACAUAUGUUGAGACUAAUCUGAUUAUCAAGGGUGAUGAGAGGCAGGAGGAAAGACAACUCAGUAAAGGAAUCUUAACUAUUCGAGGCAUAGAACGCCGAGUGUUGACGAAAUGUGAGCUUGAAAGUUCCUCUCUUGCUACCAGGCUCAGUACUGUGGAUGUGAUGUAUGGAGUUGUGAAAGAUGCUGUGGAGGCAACUAUUUCAAUUGAAGUUUUAUCUGGAGAUUUUUUUGGAGAAAUCACAGCCUGCACCAGCAGCAUCAAGGAAAAGCUUGUACUUCAUGAUAGAUUGGCUUAUAUUACUAGCAGUGGAAAAAUUGCCCAGAUUAUCCCACUUUUGCGAUCUGUGGUAGCUGUCUAUGUGAAGGAGAUGCUGCUACUGACUAUCGUUGCCCAUACCGAGUAUGGAGAAGUUACAAGGUGCAUUGACAUUACUCCCAAGGUCAACGGUUCAUAUAUAGAUGAACUUAGCGUUGGAAUCGCUGUAUUGCGCGUGAAAGUUGUAUGGUCGAUAAUUGAUUUUUGAGUAUCAAACUUUGGGUUGGCUGGCAGUUAACAGUUUAUGUUGGAAGUAUUGGCAAAUAAGAGUUUGUAAAUACCAAGAUUUUAUUAUCGUUUUGGGCUGUGCUUGGUAUGUAAGUGAGUUGUCCUAAUCUGACAAACUAGUUUAUUGUGUCGGGCGUUUAUGACUGCGGUACCUUUUUAUUUGAUCUUUCUAUAGUUGCUAAAUUAUUAUGGUGGAUUA